AACUCUCCCUGGUGGUACCCCGUGCUUAAUUGCUUCAUUCUGCUCUUCAAAUUUCACUACCCCAUUUCAUAUUUUAAACUCUUUGUCUUUUUCUGCAUUUGUCUUUUUAUCAUCUAAAGGUGGAGAUUUUUUCCUUGCCAUGAAUUGAGCUCACUCAGUGUUUAUAUAUAAUGAUGGAGAAAGAAGAAAACUACUCGGCGAGUUUUCCAGCUCUAGAUUACUCUCUAGAGCAUCAUCAAGCUCAUCACAUGAAGACAGCGCAAAUAGGCCAGAGUUCUGGAGAUAACAAUAAUCAUGGAAUGAUUGAUUAUAUGCUCAACAAUCCUCAACCACAACAGCUCCAGAUUUCUUCAGGGUUUUGCUCUUCGAAUUCUUUUGAUAAACUGAGCUUCGCAGAUGUGAUGCAGUUUGCCGAUUUUGGCCCGAAGUUGUCCUUAAAUCAAUCCAAGAUUAAUCCUGAUGAAGAAACCGGGAUUGACCCAGUUUACUUUCUUAAGUUUCCUGUGUUGAAUGAUAGAUUGGAGGAUCAAUCUCUUAUGGCUUCAGGUGAAAGUAACGAAGAGAGUAGUUUUAAAGGAAUAGAUAAUAGAGAGGAUGAAGAAGCUAGGGUUUCAGAAAAUAACAGAAGUAAUAAUCUUCCAACUGAAGUUAAGAACAAGAGAAAAAGACCAAGAAUUAUCAAGACAAGUGAAGAAGUUGAGAGCCAAAGAAUGACUCAUAUUGCUGUCGAAAGAAAUCGAAGAAAACAAAUGAAUGAACAUCUCAGAGUUAUAAGGUCUCUCAUGCCUGGCUCAUACGUUCAAAGGGGAGAUCAAGCUUCAAUCAUAGGCGGAGUCAUUGAGUUUGUGAGAGAAUUGGAGCAACUUCUUCAAUGCUUGGAGUCACAGAAACGAAGACGACUAAUGGGAGAUUCAUCAUCUAUGGCAGUUCAACAACAAGCUUCACUGUUUCCUCCUCCUUUACCUUUCCCAAAUGAUCAAAUGAAGAUUAUGGACUUCGAAACCGGCCUUCGAGAGGAAACGGCCGAGAACAAGUCUUGCUUGGCAGAUGUUGAGGUGAAGCUUCUAGGUUUUGACGCCAUGAUAAAGAUCCUCUCCAGGAGAAGGCCCGGUCAGCUCAUCAAGACCAUAGCUGCACUAGAAGAUUUGCAGUUCAAUAUCCUCCAUACCAACAUUACCACCAUUGAACAAACUGUUCUAUAUUCUUUUAACGUUAAGGUUGCAAGCGGAUCAAGGUUUACAGCAGAAGAUAUAGCAAGUUCGGUCCAACAAAUAUUCAGUUUCAUUCAUGCAAAUAGUAGCUAUGAUGCAUAAAAUCAAUGAGGACAUGACUUCUUCCGUCUUGUCAACCGUACCCACUUGGAUCUUCUCAGUAAUGUGGAUUUUCUAAUCAAUAUUUCCUACUGGUUAUCUAUAUUUUUGCUGUGGAAAUUAGCAUAUACUUUGACAUGAAGUAGUAUUAUUUACACUCUCAUUGGCUCUUUUUGCCAAAAUCGCGAAUCUAAAUAAUUUUUGUACGAAUCAAUUAUUUACACUCCAA